AUGAAUCAAUCGGCUUUAAAAACUGAUGUGAAUGUUACAGUUAGAGAAGAAGAGAUGAGACUCAAUAUGGGAGGUUUCAAGUUCUCAGCUCAACAAUUGUAGAAUAUCUUCACACUGAAUCAAAGAAGGAGGAUGUGUGAAGAAAUAGACUUCCUCCAGUAACUAGGUGGAUUAGACAGCUUAUUGGAUGGGAUAUGCACAUCCAUUACUGGUGGCAUAGUGAGUAAUGACAUCAGCAAACGGACAGAAUUGUAUGGCCACAAUAAGCGAGAAGUACGAGCACCUUAAACGUAUUGUGAAUUAUUGAUGGAUGCUAUGGGAGACUUCACUAUGAGAAUAUUGACUGUUGCCGCCUUUGCAAGCAUUGUUAUAUAGGUUGCAACUUCAGAUGACGAACACAGAUCCUUAGCUUGGAUUGAAGGUUUUGCUAUUUUUGUGGCUGUACUUGUAUGUACUAAUGUUGCUGCUUUGAAUGAUUACUCAAAAGAGAAACAAUUCCGUAAGUUGAAUGCUGUAAGUGAGAAGUCUAAAAUUGUGACUAUCAUUCGUGAUGGCAAAGAACACAGAAUGCAUGAAGAGAAUUGCUUAGUUGGAGACAUCGUCAAGUUGGUGGAAGGUAUGGAGAUACCAGCUGAUGGAAUACUGAUAGAGGCCUCAGAAAUUAAGAUGGAUGAAUCUUCCAUGACAGGAGAAACCAACUCAAUUAAGAAAGGGACUAUUUAACAAUGUUUGAUGAAAAAGGAUGAAUUAAUUAGUGAAGGUGCUGAAUUUGGAGAGAAGGAUAGAUUUCUUAUCCCAUCUCCAGCCCUAUUGUCAGGUACUAGAGUCUUGGAGGGAGAAGGACUGUUCGUUGUCUGCGUUGUUGGAGAUCUAUCUUGUUUAGGUUAGAUCAAGGCUUCAUUGGAAUAGGAGGAAGAUGAAGAGACACCUUUAUAAUAAAAGUUAACUAUCAUAGCUGAAGAUAUUGGUAAAUUUGGGUUGUAUGCUGCCAUAUUGAUUGUGAUUGUAUUGAUGAUUAGAUUGGCUAUUGAAAGAGGAAUUGAAGACGAAUGGGAUCACAGUAAACAUUGGAUGGAAAUACUGAACUUUAUCAUUUUGGGAAUUACUGUUUUAGCAGUUGCUAUUCCUGAAGGAUUACCCUUGUCUGUGACCAUAUCAUUAGCAUAUUCAGUUCAGAAGAUGAUGAAUGAUAGGAAUUUAGUAAGGAAGAUGUAUGCUUGUGAAACUAUGGGAGGAGCUGAUUCUAUUUGUUCUGACAAGACUGGAACUUUGACCAUGAAUAAGAUGACUUUGACUAAAAUGUGGAAUCAGAACUACAUCGAAGUCAAUUAUCUGGCCAGAGAAUAAGAUUUAGGAGUGUUUGGUAAAAUCAAAUAAUUGAUGAUUGAAUCUAUAUGUUGCAAUUCUUCGGCAGAGUUGGAUCCAGAGUAAGGAUCAAAAACUGAAGUAGCAUUAUUAGAAUACAUGAGAAGAGGAUAAGUUGAUUAUAAAAAUGUAAAAAGUUCAGUCAAAUAUCUUCAAAAAAUACCAUUUAAUUCAGGCAGAAAGAGGAUGAGUGUAAUUGUAUCCACCUAGAAGAAUGGAUUACCUGUAAAUAGGCUAUAUAUCAAAGGUGCAAGCGAAAUAAUAAUAAAAUGUCUUAGUCAUCAACAUACCUUUAAUGAUGAAAUUAUACCCUUAAAAGAAUAAGAUAUUAAAUAGAUUGAAAAUAUCAUCAGUGAAAUGGCUAAAUAAUCACUUAGAACUAUAUGUGUUGCAUACAAAGACUUGAAUGGGAGUGAAGAUUUAGUUAGCAAUGAUGGGAAAGUGUAUGAGAUCGAGAAAAGUAACUUGACUUUCUUGUGUCUUUUAGGAAUAAUGGAUAAUUUAAGGGAAGGAGUCAAGGAAGCAGUUACUCAAUGCAAGAAAGCAGGCAUCAAAGUUAGAAUGGUCACUGGAGAUAACUCUGAGACUGCAAGAGCAAUAGCAUUAUCAUGUGGCAUUAUUGAAGCAGGAGAUAGUAAAGCUAUAGUGAUGGAGGGUGCUGAAUUUAUGAAUAAAAUAGGAGGAGUAGUAUGCAAGAGCUGUCAAACUGAAUCCUGCAAAUGUGCAAGGACUCAAAGUGAAGCUGAGAAGAAUGGAACUUAAUUAAGAGUAGAUACUCUAGGGGAUAUGGGAGUGUUCAGAACAUUGUAUCCACAAAUUGCAGUUUUGGCACGAUCUAGACCUACUGAUAAAUAUGCUAUGAUUGUUGGUCUCAAGGAAUGUGAACACAUUGUAGCUGUCACUGGAGAUGGCACAAAUGAUGCACCUGCUUUGAAAAAGGCUGAUGUAGGAUUUGCAAUGGGAAUCUCAGGAACAUAGGUUGCCAAAGAUGCUGCUGCCAUCAUUCUUAUGGAAGACAACUUCAGUGAUAUUGUCAAAGCUGUGAUGUGGGGUAGAAACAUAUUCUAAUCAAUUCGUAAGUUCCUUCAAUUUCAAUUGACUGUAAAUGUAGUGGCUGUUGGACUGACUCUAAUUGUUUCAGCUGUUCUUAAAUAAGAAGUUCUUAAGCCCAUUUAAAUGUUAUGGGUCAAUCUAAUCAUGGAUUCUUUUGCCUCAUUGGCAUUAGCUACUGAACCUCCCAGUCCAGUAUUGUUAAAUGAUCGCCCCUAUUCGAGAGCACAAUCCAUAAUUACAAGAAAGAUGCUCAAACAUAUAAUUGGUUAAGCAGCAUUUCAGAUUGCCAUUAUGUUGAUUGCAGUAUUUUUAGCACCACAUUUUAUUCCUGAAUACGAGGAUGGAUUUGAUGAUAGAUUAAGUGAUUGGUUAGUGGAUAAAAAAUAUAAUGAAUUUCCAUCGAAUUUAAAUCAUCCUAAAUACAAUUUGGAUUACUACCCGGAGUAGUUAAUGAUUAGGAGUGGGAGAAUGUUGACUGUGGAUGGUAAGGAUGAUUAUGAACCUGUCUAUAGAGAAUUUAUGGUACCUAGCAGACAUUUCACUUUCAUCUUCAAUAUGUUUGUAAUGAUGCAGCUAUUUAAUUUCCUAAAUAGUAGAAAAUUGAAUGAUGAAUUCAACAUCUUCGAGAAUAUUGGCAAUAAUUCUCUAUUCAUCUUAAUUGUGUUCUUUAUCUUUGCUCUCCAAAUCAUUUUGAUUACCUUUGCAGGUAUAGCCUUUUCAUGUUACACUUACUAUGGAUUGACAAUUCAGUAAUGGCUGAUUAGUAUACUAGUUGGAUCAAUUGGAUGGGUUGUUAGUGCUCUGUUAAAAUUAAUCCCAGAAUAAGCUAUAUGCCCAGAAUCCAUUGAGUCACCAUCGAUGUAGGAAGAAUAGCGAAAACCUUCUGGUGUUUUGGAAUUGCGUCGUGGUUCCUCGAUUAGACGUUCGCAAAGACACCAAGAGAUUUAACUUUGA